AUGGCUGCUUGGCUUCUUGGUGUUAAUACUCUCAAGAUUCAGCCUUUCAAGCUCCCUUCUCUUGGACCCCAUGAUGCUAGAGUAAGAAUGAAAGCCGUUGGAAUCUGUGGAAGUGAUGUUCACUACCUUAAGACCUUGCAGUGUGCACAUUUUGUAGUGAAAAAGCCGAUGGUCAUUGGGCAUGAGUGUGCUGGAAUCAUAGAGGAGGUUGGAAGUGAGGUUAAGAAUCUUGUGCCUGGAGACCGGGUGGCAUUGGAACCCGGGAUUAGUUGCUGGCGAUGCGACCUUUGCAAAGAAGGUCGAUAUAAUCUAUGCCCUGAGAUGAAAUUCUUCGCGACUCCACCAGUUCAUGGGUCUCUUGCCAAUCAGGUAGUGCAUCCAGCAGACCUAUGUUUUAAACUACCAGACAAUGUCAGCUUGGAGGAAGGGGCAAUGUGUGAGCCUUUAAGCGUUGGAGUUCAUGCUUGUCGCCGAGCUAAUAUUGGUCCAGAAACAAAUGUCUUGGUCAUGGGAGCUGGACCGAUAGGACUUGUUACAAUGCUAUCAGCUCGGGCUUUUGGAGCACCCAGAAUCAUCAUUGUGGAUGUGGACGAUUAUCGUUUAUCUGUAGCCAAGGAUCUUGGCGCUAAUGAAGUUGUUAAAGUUUCAACCAAUCUUCAGGAUGUAGCUCAAGAAGUGGUAUUGAUACAUCAAGCUAUGGGGACUGGAGUGGAUGUCACCUUUGAUUGUGCAGGCUUUAACAAAACCAUGUCAACAGCCCUGUCUGCAACUAGACCAGGUGGCAAGGUUUGCCUAGUAGGAAUGGGCCACAACGAGAUGACCGUCCCACUCACUCCAGCUGCUGCAAGGGAGGUCGAUGUUAUCGGUGUCUUUCGCUACAAGAACACAUGGCCACUGUGCAUUGAGUUCUUAAGGAGUGGUAAAAUUGAUGUAAAACCCUUGAUAACCCACAGGUUUGGUUUCUCCCAGAAGGAGAUUGAAGAAGCCUUUGAAACCAGUGCCGCCGGUAGUACUGCCAUUAAGGUCAUGUUUAAUCUGUAA